AAAGAUAUUUCAAAAUUGAGAUAGAAAUAGGCAAAAAGAGAUAACACCAAUUAAAUGACACUUUUUACGGGCUGUUUCCGUUGGAGUGGGCGUGGCAACGUUCUAAAACAAACUUGCGCUGCAUACAGGCGGACAAACGAAGACGGCUAGAUCGACACGGCGAGUGAUCCUAAACAGGAAUAUAUAUACUUUAUAGGUGGGUUUGAAGUGUUCCCGGUCCGGUGCAGUUUUAGUUGCAUUUUCGCCAGCGAUUUGGGCGCCAUCUUCCAACUCCCGACAACCCAAUCACCAUAAGGAUCUACAAGGAUAUCAUCACCAGAUGAAGCUGGUGGACGAUGUGAUCUACAUGAAUAAGGCGCUGGCCAAGCUGGAGGAAAAUCGCCCGACCAGGUCGAGAUCUUCAAGACCAACAUGAACAAUGGUAUGAAGGAACCGCAGUUCUUCACCGGCGAAUCCGUUGACUGCGAGGACAUUGUGGGCCUGGGUGAAUAUCGCUACAUCAACGGCGACAGCGUGCCCGUGCUCAUGUCCUUUAAGGAAAAAUGCUGGAUAGAUCCCAAUCCAGCCCAGAUGGUUAUCAAACGCACCCUUUACAAUUUAGAAAGUCUUUAAUUUAUGUUACAGCGCUGACAAAAAUGCAUGUCCUUUGAUUUGUUAUGAUUUCUUUUGGCCGUAGCUCUUAUAAACUCGACCUAAUGUUAACUACUAUAAAAUUAUUCUGUGUGUU